AUGCCAUCCACCGACUCGAAGCCCAUUAAUUCCAACCCGGCCACCAAGCUGGACGAGAUCUACCGUGUUAAAACCCUCUCCGAUGCCUCCUCCGAGCCAGCGGAACACCCCCUCUCCGACCUCACCUCCUCCACCGACCUCGCACUAGCCUACCUCUGCACCACCACCAAGCUCGACGAACUGCACACAUCCCUCCUCCACUCCCUCUCCGCCGCAGGCUGGACCGAACGCGUCCGCAGCCUCGCCUUCGAACUCCUACGCUCCGGCCGCUGCACAAGGUUCGACGAGCUCCUCGACAAGGUCGUGCACCUGGCCACUUCCCCCAAACCCACCACCGGGGACAGCCCAUCUCCCUCCCCCACCUCCUCCUCCUCCUCCUCCUCCAUCCUCGGCAAAAGAAAACGCGACAAGGGACCCAACGGGACCACCUCCGCCACCAACGGCAUACCACCCCUCAAGAAGGAAAACACAAGCGACGCCGAGGGAAGCAAGGGGGAGGAAGACCACCCCGACGAGACGGAGGACUCGCACGAACAGACCGCCAACGGCACCACUACCACCGCUGAGACAGCAGAUCCCAAAGGAAAACACAAAUCUCCCUCUGACGACGACGACGACGACGACGACGACAACAACAACAGCAACAGCAAAAACGCCUCCAAGGAAGAGAAGAAGAAGAAGGCAAAGAAGAAGAAGAAGAAGGAGAAGGAGAACGACGACGACGACGACGACGAACUGUACCUUCUCGCCGAAUUCGACGUCCGUAUACCUUCGCAUAUCGUCGGAAGGGGUGUUAAAUUUCUACACGAAGCUAUCGACGAGAUAUUCACCAAGGCACCCAAAGGCCAGGACGAGGAUGGCGGAGCUGAACGUGCCCCCCGCGCCGCCGCCGACACACACCACCACGACGACGACGAUGAAGAGGUGGCUAAUCCGAAAGUGAAAAUCGCGAAGAAGCGCUAG